CCAUAUAACUCAGGAAAAAUUUAAUAUGAUAUUUGGAAUAUGUGAGCAACGAUUUUGAAGUUUUUGGUGAAAAUUAUAGCUGUAUGAAAUUCAAACAAUGAUAAUAGAUAGAGGUAAAACAACCGGAGAAAAAUGAAAUCGAAUAAAUAUAUGUCAUUAUUUUUGAAUACCAAAUACAGCGUGAAAACAAUUCUAGGGGCACUUAAUUUCACCUUUGAUGGGACAAGACAUGAAAGAAUAUUCGUAAUUGAUGAAGAAAUUGUAGAGUAAGAAUGAUUAAACAUUUUUUGACAUUUCUUGACAUAUUUUUUGAACAUAUAUCUAUCUAACAUGCUUAAUUCCUGACAUCUAAAAUAAAGCUAUAGCUAGAAAGAUAAAAUAAUUGAAUGUAUGCUUGUAGAGCUUCGUCUAUUUUGACUUACUGUAUCAUAUCAUAGUAGUGCUUAUACACUUGAAUAUAGAUAGACAUUGUUGACAUUAAAUUUCAAUGGAACUUUAAUGGGGCGUAGUGGUGGAUAACGAAACCCCUGGCCGGAUAAUGCUGACAGCUUAGGCCUUAAAAGACAAGAAGAAGAAUGAAGGUACAUAUAACCUUACUAUCUUUUAGGGUUUGUUUUGGUUAUAAUUUUUAAUGAUUUUACCAAUUUAAGUUUUAAUGAAAUGGCUCCAGUUUCUCCUGUACUUAAAAAGAAAACUUGGGCUGAUGUGAAUAAAACUCGAAAAGAAGAGAAGAAGAAACGAAAGGAAAAAAGCCUGUUGAAAAAAGUUUUGAAUACAAAAAUAUCUAAUGAAACUGUCAGUGACAGUAAGAUAAAAUCGGAAGUUACAGUAGAAUCGAAAGAAUUAUCAACACUUUCGAUAGCAGUUCCAGGAUCAAUUUUAGAGAACGCCCAGUCUCUGGAACUGCGCACCUAUUUGGCUGGUCAAAUUGCUAGGGCGGCUUGCAUAUUCCAAGUUGAUGAAAUUGUUGUAUUUGAUGAUUAUGGCGAUGUGGCUUCUGCUAAGAAGUCUACUUUGGAAAACGAUGCAGGUACAGUAUCUGCUCGUCAUUCUUGUAUUCAACUAGGUAGAAUACUUCAAUACCUAGAAUGCCCUCAAUAUCUGAGGAAGCAUUUUUUUCCAAUUCAUAAAGAUUUGAAAUUCUGUGGUAUUCUGAAUCCCUUGAAUGCACCUCAUCAUUUGGGUCCAAGUGAAGAGUUCUCAUUUAGGAAAAAUCAAUUUUAUCUUAAUUUUUGUAAGUUGUUCAUUGUGAAGGGUUCUUUCAUAUAUAUAUAUUUUUUAUUUCAAUUGGUUGUCGACAAAUUGUUAACUGCUGGAAUAAGGUGCACGGUAAAAUUGUUGCCACAAAAUGAACAAUCUAAAAAACGGAAAGGGGUUGUAGUAUCGCCAACCACACCAAAAAGCGAGACUGGAGUAUAUUGGGGAUAUUCGGUCAGAAUUGCAUCUUCACUUUCUAAAGUGUUUUCACAAUGUCCCUACAAAAAUGGCUAUGACCUAUCGAUAGGCACUUCAGAUAAAGGAUCCUCAGUAGAUGAAUUCAGCUGUCCUACUUUCAAUCACAUGCUGGUAGUGUUUGGUGGUUUGCAAGGUAUUGAAGCAGCUUUGGAAAAUGAUGAUAUUCUCAAUGUAGAUGACCCCAAGCUGCUUUUUGAUCAUUACCUAAACACGCUUCCCGAACAAGGUUCUAAAACUAUCCGAACGGAAGAAGCUGUUUUAGUGAGCUUGUCAGCUCUGAGACCUAAACUGAAUCCUGCGAAUAAACCUGUUGAAUUUGAAAAAGUAGAUAUCCUCGUUAUGGACGCUGAUGAACAUAAGGAAAUAAUUGAAGGCAAUAGUGCCAAAGAUGACUGUGAAGACCCACUUUAUUUUGAAAUAGAACUUCCUUACAUUACAUACCACUGCAAAACUAGCAGGUAUUGUAAAUAA